UACGAAAACAAAACCGUGUGAUAAAUUCAGUGUUUAAAACACGUAUUUUUGUGUUAAACUUCAUAAGAAUCGAAUCGAAAAAAUGAAAUCGUACUUUCUUUUAUGUUCAAUUCUUCUCUUUAAUAUGGUAAACGGAAGAAUUUUAAAGAGAAUUUGCCCGCCUCCCGAAGACAUACCAAAAUGUGAGUGCUGGUAUUUUACAAUUUCUUGUCGUUAUUUAACAGAUCCAAACGAACUGAAAAACUUAACGAAAUAUUUAUCUAAUUACGAAGUGAAAUUCUUCAAUAUACACAACUCUGUACUGAUGUAUCUACCGAAAAAACUGUUUGUUCAAUUUCACAUUGAGUAUUUACGUAUACAAAACAGUAAUAUAUUAAAAUUUGAGACAGAUAAUGGAGAAGAAAUGUUUAUAGGAUUGGAAAGAAGUUUGGAAGAGAUAUAUUUUUAUAAAAUUAAUCGAAUGUCAUGGAAAUGGUAUACAUUUAAUAUACUACAACGGUUGAAGUUAUUAGAAAUAACCAUGACUAAUUUAAAGAAGAUCGAUGAUGUCUUUCCUAAACUUCUCUCACUUAAAACUCUUAAAUUACGGCAUAAUAAUAUAGAAUAUAUACAUGAAUAUGCGUUUUCAAACCUUAUAAAUUUAGAAGAAUUGGACAUGAGUAGUAAUGCCAUCAAUACCAUUUAUCGAAGUUUAUUACCCGAUCCUGCAAAGAAAUUACGAGUUAUUGAUUUCAAAUAUAAUAAAAUAAAAGCCAUUCCAGAUGAUUUCUUCAUACGUAUGCCUAGUUUAUCAGCAGUAAAUCUAGAAGUAAACAGAAUUAAAUAUAUCUCACCGGUAAUGUUCCAACCCAUGGCCGAAGGACAACGCUUUAUCGUAUAUCUACACAAAAAUGAUAUCGACUGUUGUUCGAAUCUAACAGAAAUUAUCCAAGAGGAUUAUAUGCCUUUUUUACAGAUGUCUUGCGGUUCUCCAAAGUCUUUAAGAAAAAAAGAACUUCACGAAUUAGAGCUUAAUAUUCUUCGUAAACAUUGCCAAUUGGGCUAAAGUUUAAUUGCGAUUAUUCCUAUUUCAAAUGAAUACAAAUUCUAUACAAUAAAUAAAUUGUACAUCUACAUUUUUUUAAAAUAAUCCUGAUUAAUUAACCCCUGCUUAAACUUUUAUAUGCCUUAAUGUAUUUUAUUAUUUCAUAUAAAUAAAUAAAUAAAUCUGAUUACAUUGUA